AUGUAUAAAUUGAUAUCUAAUUUUGCUAAAGGAUUAUCAACUUAAGUCCCUGUGUAUUCAUAUCAUUUUCCUAAUGGUUCAGUCUACAAUAAUGUAAUAAUCUAUUAAUUUCAAAGCCAGCUGUAACAGCAAAAAGAAUCAUAAAAGUAGUUGGAGAGAGAUUGAGAAAAAUUGACCCAGAAAGAGUAUGAAAAUAUAAUAAAUUAGUGGGAAUCAACUCCAAUCACAUUUAAUACAAAUUGGAAUGAUGCAGCAGGUUAUGUUGAUGUGGCAACAUGCAUUCACAUUCAUGAUGCGCUCGAAAAAGAAUUCGGAAUUGAAAUUAAAGAUAGAGCAUUUUUAGUGUCAAGUAUUGAAACAGCUUUUUACAUCGUUAAUAUCCAUCAUGAUAGUCAUUGA